AUGUUGCCAAAGAGCAACCGGGCUCAACCUACCCCGCCGCCCAAGAAACACAUCUGUCAAGUCCCCAAACCCCUCCGCGUCGGCUUCCUCCUCGAGAGUUUCGACAACCCCGAUCUCCCUCUUAUUAUCCUCCGCCCACCCACUCCCAUGUGGGAAAUGUACAAUGUCGAAGAACGCCUGUUCGAGCGCUCAGGCGACAAGUUCAUGUUGAAGAGGAGCAAAAUGCGCGCGAAUCUUAGGCAAGAGGGGAAGAAGAUGCUGCCGGUGCCGGUGCCGAAGCUUGAGGACUUGCUGAUGUGCGGGGGUGAGAACGGAAAUGAGGAAGUGGAAGCAGAUAGUGAAGGGUUGGGUGCGGAGUGGGAGGUUGAUUAUCGGGCGUACAUGGCAGGGAUGGAUCUGGUCGGGUAG